UGAGAUGCGCAUUAAUCGGCCGAUAGUGAUCGGAGCACCCCUACUCAAGGGUAUUUCAGUCAUGGGUAUUGAGGGUGGAUGAGAGCGCUGUUCAUUCAAUCCUCCCCACCUACGACGGUGCCAGCACUGAGACUCAAACCGGCGACCUUCAGCGCUAUGGCUGAACAGGAAGCGCCUGCACCUUUGAAGUCUCUCAACUCGUACGAUCCAACGUAUAUCUCUUUUAAUAAUAAAUCCAACGCGAAUGCCGAAGCCUGGUGGCUAAACUUCUCGGGGCAGCCGGUGUCUUACGGCGACAUACAACCGAGGAAAUCGCUUCAGAUGAACACUUUUCUGACUCAUCCGUGGAUCUUCAGAGCGUCAGACGGAGCUAAACUGCUGGCCAACCUCAAAGAAGUUUACUUUCCCACUCCAGCACAGUUUGAGGAGUACGGAUGCCAACGGUACCAGCCCGUGGAUAUCACUGCACCAGUGUACUCAUUACAAGAAAACUGUACACGUUUGAUCAGGAGUAUGGUGAGAAAAGAAGAUAUCUGCAAGCUGGAAAUCCCCGAGGGUUUGAGAAAGGACCUCAGCCGUGAACCCGAUAUACUGAGAGACAUUCAGAUUUUAUCUGCCAAGAGAUCAAUAAAGGAUUCAAACUGAA